AUGAAUCGAAAUAUACCUACAGGAAAUAAAAUCUGUGCCACUAAAGAAAUAUUUUAGAAUUAAUUAAUACUGAAUCAACAUCUUUUAACAAUGAGACCAUAGAUCAAUACAACUGCACCAAAAUAAUAUGAUUUUCUAAAAAGUAAAAAAAUUAAAGAAGCUAUAAAACAAUAAAAGCAAUAAGAAAUAGAUAGAGAAAAUUAAAAUCUCAUCUCAAAAUUAACAAAUAUUAUGUAAUAAUCAACAAGUAAUAUUUUAUUUUCAAUUUUCAGAUAACUCUAUUUGUACUCUUCCAAUUAAAAAAUCAAAUACUUUGAAUGAAGUUCCCAAAAAGUCUUUAAACAAAGAUCAUAGGAAAAAAUAAUUGGUUAAAAUUGUUUUGGAAAAUUAAUAACUAUUGAAAAGAAUACAAGAUUAAAAGUCUUAAUACAACGUUAAAGAUUGGAAUUAAGAAAGAAAAUGGGUAGAAAAACACAUAGCCAAUAUCUCAGAAUAUCCAUAUAAGGAUUUUAAACCUACUAAAACUCUAGUUCAAUAUUGGACAAACUCAAAAAUAAAUGAGUCAUAAAUAUAGAGUAUUGUUUGAAAAAUAUAAUAUCUUAGAAAGAGAAAAUAUUAACAAUAAGAAAUUAUAUCCUUUAACUAAAAGCAAAAGUCAAUAGACAAAGUAUAUAAUAUUAAAUAUUUAAUAAGAUAAAGAACAAGAUAAAAUAAUACAUAAUCUAGAUAACUAUUAUUUCAUGAAGAUUUUUAAUAGAGGUAACUAAAUCAAUCAUAAUUCAAUAGAAGUUUAUUUGAAUCUGAUUUCUAACCAUAUGAACCAUAUUAAGAUAAGGCAGCAAAAAUCGUUAAUGAAUUAAUUGAAAACCCAAAUCAUUUUAAACAAUAAAUGAAUUAAUAAGCAACUCUCUAAAAAUAAUCUAAAGGAAUUUAACAGGAAAAUAUUGAAUCUAAAUAAAAACAGCCUGAGGAAACUGAAAACUAAUAAUAAAAAUUAAUAAAUUAAUAGACAGUCAAUAAUGAUGAUGCUCAAAAUAUUCAAUCAGAUUCUCAAAGAAAGACUAUUGAUUAAAAAAAUUAACAAGAAAUUUAACUUCUCAACUAAAAUUCAAUUCAAUAAAAUAAUCAAGAAAUUUAAACAAUAGAUUUUGAUCAAAAUAAUGAAUAAAGACAUGAUUAAUUAAAUGCAGAAGAAAAAAUUCAAGAAUGA